AUGUCGACCGCCGGCCCCUACUUCUUCAAACAGCCGCUCCGCUACAUGCGCUGGGCCGCCCACGAAAAACCCGCCAUCUUCUACUCGCUCAUCGUCGGCUCGCUGGGGCCCGUCAGCAUGGUGACGGUGCCGCCGGUUCGGAGGUACUUUGGGGAUGAGGACAGGCCGAAGAUACCGCUGACGUAUCCGAUACCGAAGGGACCGCGGCAGAUUCCGGAGGGGUACGAUGAUUAG